UCAAUGACUCAAUCAUGGCUGUCUUGGCACUGCAGCUUUUGGGCUUUGUCCUAAAUAUAUGGGCCUGCGGCGCCACUGAUGUGGAGGUAGAGAGGAACGUGACCGGGAUUCUGGGAGAGGCUGCGGUGCUCCGGUGCCAGUACACCGGGAACGAUACAAUCAUCGUCUCCUCGUGGACCCAGACGGUAUCCGGAAAGACCAAGAUACUGGCCGGUUACCACUUUAACACGCCCUCGAAGAAAAACGAAAACUUUGGCCCUCUGGCCUCUCCUAGCAACCUUACCGUGAGCAUGCAGGUGUACGGUCUGGAGGCUGAGAGAGAGUACUGCUGCAGCUUCACCACUACUGAGGAGAGGAUGUUAGAGUGCGUCUUCCUCACCGUGCUGGUUCGCCCUGUUGUACAAGUGGACCUGGAGCAGAGUAUGAAGAAUGGGACCCACUACCAGACAGUCACAUGUUCCGCCCUCAGUAAACCAGCGGCUGUGAUUGGCUGGCUGAUCAACGGCAGGCAUCCCAGCGCUGACGUGUACUCCAUCGCCACGACAACGAUUCAGCAUCCCAACGGUACUGCCACUCAGACCAGCAUGCUCUGGUUCCCCACUCACCUGCAGGAGGCGGGCGAGGUUACCUGUGCCGUCAGUCACCUGACCUUACCUGAGUCCCUGAGGACAGCUGUGAAAGCACAGACCUUCGUGUCCCCGACCGUGACCAUCGAGACGUCCCUGACCGGAGAGGAAGGGGCAGGGCUUCGAGAGGUCGUCUGCACGGCUGCAGGUGGUAGGCCAGCCGCCAGCAUCACCUGGGAUCUAGCUGGUGACGCACCUGACGGUUCACCUGAGGUCACGGUGUGGCGGGACAAUGAGACAGACACAGAGACGGUCAUCAGCUCAGUCUCGAUCCAGCCAGACCAGUAUGAGGGAGAGACGAUCACCUGCCAUGUCACCCACCCAAAACAUCCCCAAGAGCAACAGAGGACUGUCACCCUGCCCACCUAUCAUCUGUCCUCUGUGAGGGUGGUGAGCGCAGACGCAGAAGAAAUUGGCCCUGAGAAUGAGACUGUGUAUCAGGUGACCCUGGAGGCGGGCCAAAGGAAUGUGAAGAUCGCACUGGAAGUGACAGGCGACGUGCCACGCUACCAAGUGACAUGCACCAAAGAAAACGAUUCCCUUCCUGCGGGCGUGGAAGUGACAGGCAGUGUCCUCUGUUUGGAAGGGCCUGUGGAGCCCUCUCAGGCAGGACUGUACACCUGCGAUGCCUUCUACUACAGACACCGGAGCUCUGUGCGGCUAGAGAUAGUGCUCGCCCCAGCUGUUUUACAAACAGCUGUUUCUCCUCCCACCAUCAAAACUCAGACGUGGGAGGAAGCGGAUCGCAGAGUCGUAGAAUGUUCCGCCUCAGAUGCGUUCCCAGCGGCCAACCUGUCCUGGGAUCUGCCCGCGGGCCUCUCCAGAACCGUCCGGUCAAGCUCCUCCUUCCAGAACGGAACUCAUUCUGUCACCAGCAUUCUGUACCUGCCCGUCUGCCUAACCCGGGAGCUCACGGUGGAGUGUGUGGUACAGCAUCCUGCGCUUGUGGACGCGGAGGCCCGACCGAUAACGCUUCCUGCUUGCGUUGCCCCAGACAUCACUGUGCGCUCCAGCACUGUGUGGGUCGAGGGUGUGCAGUACACCGAGGUGGAGUGCACGGUGGACAACGCCGAGCCUGCAGCCAAAAUCUCCUGGGGAGUGGAGGGCGUCGACGGUGACAACGGUACCAGCGAGCUCACCGAGCUCCUGAUGAAGAACUGGACCCAGCAGAACGGGCCAAAGACCGUCCGCAUCCUGGUGAGGCUACCCAUUGGCGCGCUGUCUGGACGGGACAUCGCCUGUGUGGUCGAACACCCGGCACUGAAGACCCCAGACAGGAGGGAGAUUCGGAUCGUACCAGCGGGCCGACAGCCUUCCCACACUCCCCCCGCACCGCCCCUGGCCUCCUCGGUGCUGGGGGUCUCGGCAGGUCGACACAAGGCCUCCUGGCUGUGGCUGGCUGUCUGCGAGUUCAGAGGGGACGCGGCCAGCGUCAACCUCUCCUGGGUGCUUCCUGAGAACGCCACAGGGAAGACCGUCUCCCGCUCCUGGCACGAGGGGGGCCGACUCCGGGCUGACGUCACUUACGAGUUCACUCUGGCUCUACACGAGGGGGAGAACCUGACCUGCCUGCUGCAAAAUGAAUACGGUUUAGAGGAGAAGAUUCUCCACAUCCCUCAUUACUAUAUCUCGUCUCUGAGGGUGCUAAACAAAACAACGCCGUACCAGCGGCCCCAGAGCGACGGCUCUCUGGUGCACAGAAUAGCCCUGCAGCCACACCUGCGCAGUCAGAGGAUCCUGCUUAGAGCCUACGGCAAUGUGCCAGAGUACAACAUCACCUGCGUCAGGAGUGACGGUUCAGUUGUGUGGGCAGAGGGCGGGGCGCUGGUGUUCCUGUCGGAGGUGACACAGCGUGACACUGGGCUGUACACCUGCCACGCCUCCUUCUAUCACCAUAGCGCUAGCGUCCUCAUCCAGGUGGAGAUUACCAGCAAGGACUUCAAUCUCUGGCUGAUGACUGUGACCUGCUUCUCCACUGCGACUGCCGUCAUCCUCAUCCUCGCCGUAUCUCUCUGCAUCUUCUGCAAACGACAUGGAGGUGAUCUUUCAAAGUCUGAGUCUGUCCAUAAGAAGAGGGAGUCUCUGGCUGCCCUAACAGCUCUGCUGCACGACCCUUGCUCCCCGCAGCUGAAGAAGCAAUCCAGUCCUGAGGGGAAAUGCCCAGAAUACACCGGGCUGGUCAGGUACUCCAUCGUCAUUGACGUCAAGACCACCGUGUAGCGAUGAGGGCUCCCGUUGUUGCGGAAUGUAGGUGCUACUCUGUGGAAUUACGAUUGAGAAUUCACCUGUGAAACGUUGCAAAUGAUGACACAGGGAAACAGGUAACCAAUCAUGGGGUGGAGAAAAGGUUGAAUGGAAAUGCUUGUGAACAGCAGUGAUUAGCACACAGGGCCACUGCAGCAGUUAUUCAAUCAGGUGUUACUAUGGAGGCAGCAAUGAUGGUUGUCUGCAGAAAAUAGCUUGUUUCCUGAAUGGAGCUCACAGCCAUUGAGGUGGUCCUGCUGUAUGGGGACAGCUUUUUGAGAUGACUUCACAUUGUGGUUAUUAAUGACAAAACGCAAUAAUCACGGCAAUAACCAUCACCUGAGGGAGUAAGUCACAUGAACUUUCCCGGCACUUGGCAUCUUUUUGGGGGAGGAUCCAUUCCACGUGUUUGAAGGGAUCACUUUGCCUCUGACAGAAAGUUCUGUACAUAUCAGGUUGCGUUCGAGUACGACUUCAUUCUGACAAGAACAUCAAAUAAGUACAGAAGCUUUUCCCCUCUUUGCUGUGUUAGAAUUUUAUAAAAAUGUGCAAUGAUAAUAUUUUAGCAUUUUAGUGCC